AUGAGUAAAAGAAAGAGAAGAAAAAGGGGAGAAAGAGCUCCAUUGCCUGAUCAUGUCAAGUUAGAAACAGAAAAAAAAGGGCCAGAUGCUGGGUAUCAUGAAUCUACAGGUGGUAAUAGAAAUAACUUAGAAGGCAAGUUAGCUGGUGAUGAGCCUUAUUAUCCCUCAGAUGAAGCUGCCAGUUUUGAAACAGAUCCAGAUGCUUUCAGUGAUGAUGAUGAAGAGGUUCAGCAAAGAGAGAGAGUUAAGCCAAGAAGGAGAAAGAAGGUGAAUAGAGUUGUAUUUGAUGCAUCUUCUCAGAAAGUAGUGUGGGAAUUGGGUCUUGUAUUUGAAAGUGUUAAUGAGUUUAGAUCUGCUAUUACCAAAUAUGCUGUUGCUGAACAUGUUGCAAUUGAAAUGUAUAUUAAUGAACUAACAAUGGUAAGGGUUAGGUGUACAGUUGGUUGUCCUUGGGUUUUAUUUGCUAGCUUUGAUUCUAGGACAGAUAAUUUUGUUGUAAAGACAUACAAUCCAGUUCACAAAUGUGAUCCUACUAAUAGGAACAAACUUUGUAAUAGCAAGUUCUUAUCUAGUCACUAUAGUGAAAGGAUAAAGGAACAACCUGACAUUAGAGUCUUUGAGUUUCAAGGGCUUAUUAAAAAAGAAUUGGAUUUAUAUGUUGGAAGAACAGUGUGUAGAAGAGCAAGAAACAAAGUAUUACAGGAGUUAAUGGGUGACUAUGUUCUUGAGUUUGGGAGGAUUUUGGACUAUAAAGAUGAGUUGCUAAGAACUAAUCCAGGUAGUACAUGUGUAGUCAAGUUUCAUGAAGAAACAUUUGAAAAAGGUAGAAAAAUGUUUCAAGGCUUCUACAUAUGUUUUGAUGCAAUGAAGAAGUCCUUCUUGGCUGGUUGUAGGAGGUGCAUUGGUUUGGAUGGUUGUUUUCUAAAGGGAGUAUUUAAAGGUCAAUUAUUGGUUGCUAUUUGUAAAGAUGAGAACAAUCAAAUGCUACCACUGGCUUGGACAGUAGUUGAAGUUGAAAAUAAGUUUACUUGGGCUUGGUUUGUCAAACUUCUAAAGGAAGAUCUUCAGUUGGGAGAUGGUACAGACCUCACAAUCAUAUCAGAUAUGCAAAAGGGUCUUGAAAUUGCCAUAACUGAUCAUUUGCCAAAUGUUGAGCAUAGAAUGUGUGCUAGACACAUCCUUGCUAACUGGUCAAAGAGAUGGAGAGGUCUUGAGAGAAAAAAAUGUUUCUGGAGGUGUGCAAGGUCUACUUUUGAGGCUGAGUUAAAAGAUAACAUUAGUUAUAUGAAAAGGUUGGGAAAUAAUAUAGUUGAUCACUUGUUGUAUUAUAAUCCUGAAAGAUGGAGCAAGCUUUACUUCAAUUUUACCUCAAAAUGUGAUGUUGUAGACAAUAACAUGGCUGAAUGUUUCAAUUCAUGGAUAUUAGCAGCAAGGCAUAAGACUAUAAUUACAAUGCUUGAAGAAAUUAGGGUGAAAAUGAUGAAAAGAAUAGGGCAGAUGAGAGAGUUUUGCAAUAUUUGGAUAUGCGACAUUUCUCCAAUGGCAAUAAAGGUUCUACAAGAUAACACAGCUAAGUCUAUGAAAUGCAGCAUUAAAUGGAAUUCAGAUACAGGGUAUGAGGUACUUCAUGGACCAUACAGACAUGUAGUUGAUAUUCAAAGGCAAAUAUGUAGCUGUAGAGCAUGGAUGUUGAAAGGCAUACCAUGUCCUCAUGCAAUAGCUGCUCUUCACCAUAGGAAAUUGGACCCAAUCAACUACAUUUCUCAUUGGUAUAACAAAGAAACAUACAUGAAGACAUACAACUACUUCAUUCAGCCAGUUAUGAAUCUGAAAAUGUGGUCAGAAUCACAAAACAUCUCUGUGAUACCACCUCUUGUUAGGAAGAUGUCAGGAAGGCCUGGCAAGAAAAGGAAGAAAGAGCAAGGUGAAACUAGUAAAACUGGAAAAUUAUCCAAAAAAGGGAUUGAGAUGUCAUGCAGCACUUGUCAUAACAAGGGUCACAAUAAAAGAAAUUGUCCUCUUGGUGCACCUGCUUCUGGCACAAGUUCAAAACCUGCUGAUGGACCAAGUUCAAGACCUCCUUCUGGCCCUACUGCUGCACUAACAUCAACACAAACUGUUGUCCCUGCUGCUGCACCAACAUCAACAUAA